GUGUGUGUGUGUGUCAUGGCUCUGAACAUCCCCGGUGUGGUUGCUGUGGUGCUGUUCUAUAUCCUGAUUCUGGGGACAGGUGUGUGGGCCGCCCAAAAGUCCAGGAAAGCCGAAAGAAAGAGCCAUGGAAACAGGACCGAAGUGGUGCUCCUCGGGGACAGGAAUAUCAGCCUGCUGGUUGGGAUUUUCACCAUGACAGCUACGUGGGUCGGAGGUGGUUUUAUCCUCGGUGUGGCUGAGGCAGUUUACACUCCUAAAAAGGGCUUAGUAUGGGCUCUUAUGCCUAUACAAUACUCAGUGUCCUUCAUUCUAGGUGGACUUUUCUUUGCCAAGCCAAUGAGGGACAAGAAGUAUAUCACCAUGAUGGACCCAUUCCAGAUAAACUAUGGCAAAGUACUGAGUGGUGCUCUCGUGCUGCCCUCUCUGCUGGUGGAUGUGCUGUGGGUGUCCUGCACUCUGCUCGGCUUAGGAGCAACUAUGAGUGUGAUACUGGACUUGCCCUAUGCCUAUUCUGUCUGGAUCUCAUCAGCUGUGGCCAUUAUUUACACUUUGCUCGGAGGCCUUUAUUCAGUGGCCUACACUGAUGUCAUCCAGCUCUCUCUAGCUUUCCUCAGUUUGUGGUUGUGUGUUCCCUUCCUGCUGCUCAACCCCUCAGCUACAACCAUUGUCCAGACUGCUUUCAACCACACGUUCCAAGAACCCUGGGUCGGCUCUCUGGACCGGGACGACAUCUGGAUGUGGAUCGACGACUUCUUAAUGCUUGGUCUUGGCAGUGUUUCGUUUCAGAGCUUCCACCAGAGGACGCUGUCAGCUUCCUCAGCACAAACAGCCCAGUUGACCUGCUAUGCUGCUGCCUUUGUCAUUGUCGUACUGGGAAUCCCUCCUGUCUUGGUUGGGGCUGUCGCUGCCUCCACAGACUGGAACCUGACGCUGUAUGGCUCUCCAUCUCCAUACGUACGUGGGGAGCAUACCUUUAUCCUGCCCCUGGCUCUGCAGUACCUCACUCCAUCUUACAUCUCAAUCAUUGGAAUCGGAGCCGUGGCCGCUGCUGUUAUGUCGUCCACAGACUCUGGCCUCUUGUCUGCGACGUCUCUUUUCUCUUCAAACAUCUACAAGAACAUCCUGCGGAAACAGGCAUCAGACUAUGAAAUGCAAUGGGUGAUCCGGGUCACAGUGGUGGUGGUGGGUCUGGUUGGGACAUCCAUAACGUUCUACACCAACAGCACGCUCGUCCUCUGGAUUCUUGGAGCAGACAUCUCCUACACCCUUAUAUUCCCCCAACUGGUCGCCGUGCUCUUCUUUAAUGUGACAAAUGGUUAUGGUGCCUUGAUGGGUUACAUUAUAGGCCUGACUGUAAGGAUUUUGGUGGGAGAGAACGCUGUAGGUCUUCCUGUUGUUCUUCAUCUUCCCGGUUGUGUAUUGGAAGAUGGCAUCUAUGUCCAAAAGGCCCCUGUCAGGGCAGUGUCCAUGCUCUGCACUUUGGUAACCAUCCUAGUUUUUUCCUCGCUGGCUUUGUUCAUGUUCAACCGCGGCCUGUUGCCUGAGAGGUGGGACAUCUUCAAGGUAAAACAUGCUGUUGCUGUAUCACCAGCGGGGGUCCUCACACAGAAUCUCAAAGACGAAGCUGGAAGUGAUGCUGAGUGUGACGAGAACAGAGAUGGAGUAGCCUUACAGCCAAUGUUGCAGAAUGGAUCCUAA